CGCAGGCAAAGCCCAACAGAUUUCGAGUCUGUCUCCUUAACCACUCGGACAUAUCGACUUUGUUGUUUGUGUUCACAUAUGUUAAUUAUAUUUUGAGCUGAAAAUCCAGUUGAAAAGUGAUGGCUAUAAGGGCCUUGGUUUUUGGGCCCAGCCCGACUUGUUAGAACGAUUGAAGGAAGCAGGAGCUUUCUGGCUCCCGAGUCUUGAGUCUUGACGCAUUUGCUGAGUUCAUGGUACGGGGGAUAAUACUCGAAUCCAAUUUCGUCCCGUGCCCCAAAACUCUAAAUCCGACCGCCGUUGUUCCUCGCGGUUUCAAUUGCCGGCGGCAGCUGAUCUAGGGUUUCUGCUCCUCGCUGAAAUUCCUUUUGUUUUGAGCGCUCAAGAUGGACGAGGACCAGGAGAUGGAGAAGUUCGGAACAGAGAACGAUUUCGAGGGCGGCGAGUGGAUCGGCGGCGAGUUCUACUACAAGAAGCGCAGGGAUAAGCACGUCCAGACCAGAGAGGACGUUCUCUAUGGCGUUUUCCAGGCAAACUCAUCCGACUCGGACGGAGAGGGCGGCUCCUCCCGGCGGCGGAAGCGGAGGAAAGGCAAAGACGUCGAUCUCACAAAGCCUGUAAACUUCAUCUCCACAGGUACGGUUAUGCCUAACAAAGAAGUAGAUAAGAACUCUAAGGAAGAGAAGAAUGCUGAUGAUGAUAUGUUCGAGGAGGCGGAGAAUGAUGGCGGUAGGGCAGGUCUGGGCGCUGGUUCAGGGCUAGGGUUUAAUUCGGGCUUCAAUGGUAAUAGUAACGGUGUAGAAAGGCCUGAGGGUGCUGAACAGGUGGAUGGUGAUGCUAGUGAGGAUGAUGAGGUGCUUAAGUUUUUUCCAGAGGAGUUUGGUAGGAGCGUUAAGGAAAGGAAGGAGAGAGAGAGGUUGAAGAAGAAGGAAGAGAGAGAAGGCAGAGGUGGAGGGAAGAGGAAGGAGGCUGGUUUUGGAGAUAUUGGCAAGUUUGAGCAGCAUACGAAAGGGAUUGGUAUGAAACUGCUUGAGAAGAUGGGGUAUAAGGGAGGCGGGUUAGGGAAAAACAAGCAAGGUAUUGCUGCUCCUAUUGAGGCGAUUCUGAGACCCAAGGGAAUGGGUAUGGGUUACAAUGAUUACAAAGAGGUCUCGGCUAGUGUCCCUCAGGCGGACGAGAAGAAGGCUAUAACUCAGACCCAAAGUCAAGCAGCUGGCAGAUCGAAAGAGAAGUUGUGGCUGAAGGGAAAGAAAAAGAAAUUUGAGAGGUAUGUUACAGUGAAGGAGGUCUUGGAGAAGAAGGAAGAACAGGGAUUCGAGAUUACUCAGAAGGUGAUUGAUAUGAGGGGCCCACAAGUUAGAGUCUUGACUAAUUUAGAGAAUCUGAAUGCCGAGGAUGAGGCGAGGGACAAUGAUAUUCCUAUGCCAGAACUUCAGUACAAUAUUAGGUUGAUUGUAGACAUGGCAGAGGCAGAUAUUCAGAAAAUCGACAGUGAUUUGAGGAGAGAGAGGGACACAGCUACUGCUUUACAAGCAGAGAAGGAGAAGUUGGCAAAAGAUGAAGCACGCCAGAAGAAGCAAUUGGGUAACAUGGAGGAAAUCAUGGGCGUAAUGAGCCAUAUUGAAGAGCAGAAGGCCUUGGGAUCUUUAACAUUGGAUGAUCUCGGUAAAUGCUUUAGCGAGCUGCGGAUGAAAUUCCCAGAUGAGUACACCCUUGGCAACUUAUCUUGCAUUGCAUGUUCAUUUGCUUUGCCUCUGUUCAUUAGAGUGUUUCAAGGAUGGGAUCCUCUCACAAACCCAAUGCACGGGUUUAAACUAAUCGAGUCAUGGAGAACUCUACUUCAAGGUGACGAAAGCCAUCAUAUAUGGGAUGUUGGCACGCCUUACACACAGUUAGUCUCAGAAGUCGUCUGGCCUGCUAUUCAAGUAAAUGGAACAACUUGGGAGCCUAGGGAUCCAGAGCCAAUGCUCAGAUUUCUGGAGUCUUGGGAGAAACUGUUGCCAGCUUCAGUUACUCAAAACAUAUUGGACAACGUAGUCCUCCAAAAGUUGUCAACUGCUGUCAACUCCUGGGACCCUCGUAUUGAGAGAGUUGCAAUCCAUGUUUGGGUGCAUCCAUGGCUGCCACAAUUGGGGCCAAAGUUAGAAGUACUAUAUGAGACGAUUCAAAUAAAGCUGCGUAAUACCCUUGUUGAAUGGCACCCAUCUGAUGCAUCAGCAUAUGCUAUCUUGUCACCAUGGAAAACAGUUUUUGAUCCCAUCAGUUGGGAAAAUCUGAUGAGAACAUCCAUUUUGCCCAAGUUGCAGGGUGCCCUUGAAGAUUUCCAGAUAAACCCUGCUAGUCAAAAUCUCAAUCAGUUCAAUUGGGUUUUGUCAUGGGCUUCUGUUCUCCCCAUUCACCUCGUGGUUGACUUGAUGGUGAGAUUUUUCUUUGUGAAGUGGCUUCAGGUUUUGUAUCACUGGUUGUGUACCAACCCAAACAUGCAGGAAGUUCAUAAAUGGUACGUGGGUUGGAAGGACCUUCUUCCUCCCGAGCUCCAGGCACAUGAGAACAUUCGGUAUCAGUUCACCAUAGCACUGCAGAUGAUCGAUCAGGCUAUAGAAGGUCAGACCAUUGCCCAACCCGGUUUGAGGGCGAAUCUUGGUUACCAUAGGGGACAAGAGCAUAGAGCAGCAGCAAUACCACCUGUGCAGCAAGCUGCAAUGGGCGGUGUAGUUGAGAUGAGUUUGAAAGAUGUAGUUGAGGCACAUGCUCAAGAAAACGGGUUGCAGUUUGUGCUGAAGCCUAAUAAGAUGCAUGAUGGUCAUCAGAUGUAUGGUUAUGGCAAUGUAAGUGUGUACAUGGAUACUUUGCAUCAGAAAUUGUAUGCUCUGAAUGGGCAGGAUUGGGUUCUCUCAGACCUUGAUAUGUUGCUUACAAUGCACUACAAUUCGCUUCGAAGGAACCGCUAAGUAAAUCAAUCAUCAGCCUGAAAGAAGAGAUUGUCAGGUGACGUUGACAUUUGUUGUUCUUCUAUUAUUGAUAUUUAGUAUGGAGAUGAUACUUGACAAUUUUUUUGUUUUUUAUUCUGCUUUCUUUUGCGACAGUUUGUGCUUUCGAUAUAUCCCCACCUUGAACAGUUGUGCUCCUUUCAUGUUCAGUGAUAGUUCUAAUUGUUGUCAUCAACUCUUAUCAAUUUGAGUGAACGUAACGAGCCUGUAAGACUGCAACUACAAGGAUUUUUAUCAUCGGUAAUGUUUCAGUGCAUUCUCAUGUUGCUUGCUUGGACUGAAAAAAGCUGCGCAACUAGAUUUGCUGAUUCAGGUCGUAGGGUUUUCUAGAACAGGUCGCAGUAUUGAAGGUGCAGAACUCUGAGUUGGCUGCAAUAACAAUGGAACGUAGGGUUUGUUUCAGCUUUUUUCCCAAGUAACUUUUUCUAAGUUUUACCAUAGGUGAAGCAAUGGUGGGUUUGGUUCAGUUUUAAAAAAAAGGAAAUUGAGUUGAGAGUUAUGAGCUAUUUUGCGUAGUUAAAAAAUUUAUUUAUGAGAUGGUAGAUAGGUUUUCUUCAAUAACAAUGAAGAGAAUACUAGUGUCUGAUUACAGGCAAAUUGUAUCUGCAGGGGGGUUGAUUCGUGUUGCAUUCCACUAAAGUCGAGGCAGAUUUCUGUUGCUGCUUAGUUUACAGAGGGCAAGGCAAGCAUGGUGAGGUUUUCACGGGGUAAAGCUGCUGAAACUGUUCAUCUACUGGCUCUUCAAUGAGGAUGGCUGGUAUGAAGAACGCAUUAAAAUCAUCCUACCCGGAAAACCUCCUGUGUCGGGGUGAUGUGGUGUCUCAUUCAGAUUCUGAGCUCAGAUAAUUUCGUCGGGACUUUGGCGAAUUGAGAAUCAGAGUCUCGGCUUUGCCGUUCUGGAGAUUAUAUGCUUGCUAGGCAACUAUUGUGCAGUGCUCUGUUGUGGGGGAUAAGGAAGUCCUAAACUUUAAGCAAGGGAUAAGUUAAGCUUAUUGAGACAGAUUGUGCUUCGAAAAUACUUCAUUGACAGAGGAGAGAAUGUGUUUUACGCAGUUGUUCUUGUUGUAGACACAAGUGUGAUACGUCCUAUCUGAAACCAAAUCUUACUCAACAUCAUAUUAUAUCGCCCAUAACUCAGUUCUACCUCAUAUGAAAUUCAAUCAGAAGGGUUUGAUGAAUUGGUUAUUUCUACCUUCUAAUAAUGCCGCUAAUAAAGAUCGAAUACGAAG